GAUUAAACCUCUUGCAUGCGGUCCCCCAGAUACCCUUGCUGUGUGAGCGUCGCGUCGUGCCCAGAAUGUGGACUCCACGUCUGGCUUUCACCCUCCUGCUGUGGUGGCCGUUGUACUUCCAUUUACAUGCGUCGGCCACCAUCCUAGACAACGGCCAGCCCCGUCGGGAUCCUUAUCCGGGGCAGGCGCAAAGGAUCGAUCUCGACGAGUCCUGGAGGAGGUACGGCGCUGACGCGCCUGAGAUCGCGUACAAGGGGCGCUGGGAUAGCAAGCAUAUCUCCUGGUGGUCGGCUCCGGGCCUGAGGCUUCAAUUCUCCGGAGGCAAACUUGCCAUAACGUUUGGCCCCAAUACGGAUGAAGGGACUCUAGUGGCUUACCGAAUCGACUCCCUCGACUGGCAAUUCUCCAACGUCACUGCGGACUCGACGUACCAGUUUGUCGGGCCAUGGAGCGACCUGGACGAGGCGCAUUUGGCCGAGACCAAAGUGUUUGAGAUGCGAGUCACCAACUGGGGCAUAGGAGUUCAAAUAGCCGGUGUGGCUGUCGCCGGCGACGCCCUGCUCACCGUACCUCCAACCUUCCCGAAGAAGGUCGAAAUCAUAGGAGGAUCCCUUGCAUCUGGCCAAUUUGCCACCUACGAAACACUCUCCUCGUGGGCUCAUCAGUACGUCGCCGGUUUAGGCAAUGUCGAAUACACCAUCACCGCCUACCCCGGAGCCUGUCUGGUGGAUAACCAAUGCUAUGGUGGCGUCCAUGGCAUGACCUGGUACUGGCAUCGCGCAUCAGACCCCGGUUUCCGCGCAGCACAAAUGUACGGACCCGAACCUGAAGAAUUUGACGUAGGAGCCGGCCAACCGGCGGAUCUCGUCCUGAUCCAAAUGGGAGGGAAUGACCAUCGACCGCCGAACGAGAUCGCAGCGCCCGAUUUCUAUCAUGCGUAUAUCGACAUGAUAGAAGAUGUGCAUCGGACAUGGCCUCAUGCGACUGUUCUCAUUGUGGGACAAUGGGGCCUCUUCCACCGCGAAGGCACAAAAUACGUCCAGGACAUGCUGUACGAAGAAGAGCACAAACGCGUGCAUGAAUACUUCAAGGACCGCGGCUUCGUCUACUACUUCCCCACUCGCGGCAUCUUGCAGCAUAACGACAUCGCGCCCAAGGACCAUCCGACGGAUUACGGUCAUGCCAAGGUUGCGAGCCAUCUCUUACAGUGGACGAGGUUGGUGCUGGGGUGGCAGCUGGAGCCGACGGGUGAGGUGCAGCAUGGGACGCUUUUCUGGAAUGAUCAGCAGGAGUAUUAGUUUUUCAUUCAAAUUAAUUAAUUAAUAUCAUAAGACUGAGGGGGGCGGAUAAUGUCCCGAGUUUUACAGGGAUGCAGCAGUUGUACAUGGCUCUUACAGCUGUGAAUAGAAUAUCAACC